CGGGCGGACUGGGGAAGAUUUUCUGCGCGCGCCGCAGAAGCCCCAUCAGCCCAGGCACCCAAGUGUCCCGGGACGCGGGUGGUCUCUUCGCCCAGGGAUGGCUCCUCAAGGACCGGCCGCGACGCCCGCCUACCCGGCUGCUUUCUUCCAAGCCACGUCCGCCCAGGCGGGCAACCGCUCGGCUCCCGGGAGCCCUCGUACCUUGGCAAGCCAUAGCGCAGGUGAUGUUGCAAAUAAACCUGAAAGUGGAUCGUCAGGAAAUGGGCAGCACCCAGAAUAUAUUGCAUAUUUCCUGAUUCCUGUCUUCUUCCUCAUGGGACUCCUGGGGGUUUUCAUCUGCCAUAUGCUAAAGAAAAAGGGAUAUCGCUGUACAACAGAAUCCGAGCAAGAGGAGGAGGAGCUUGGUGAAAAGAUAGAGCUGAAUGAAAGUACGAAUGAUAAUGGUGACACCGUGGGAAAAAUAGUUGACUACAUUAUGAAAAACGAAGCUAAUGCUGAUGUUCUGAAGGCCAUGGUGGCAGAUAACUCUGUAUAUGAUCCUGAAAGCCCUACUAGUCCGACUACGCCAGGCAGUCCAACAAGUCCAGUGUCUCCUUCAUCAUCUGGAGGUCCUCAGUUGAAACACACUUGCCGUGGCCGCCACCUGCAUACGGUUGGUGGAGUUGCCGGACCAGGUGACUGUAGCCGCUGCAAUCAGAAGAGGUGGCACCUGUUCAGUCCAGCUAAGAAAUCCAAAGAAGCAAAGAGAGCCCGGCAUGGGGAAGUGACAGUGCUGUCUGUUGGAAGGUUUAGAGUCACAAAGGUGGAACACAAAUCUGCGUCCAAAGAACGUAAGAACUUGAUGUCUGUCAGUGGCGUCGAAAGUGUCAAUGGUGAAGUGCCGGCUACCCCUGUCAAAGAAGCCUCGAAAGAGGCGCCAGUCACACCUGCUGUCAAACAGGUACCAGAUGAAAGGCAGUGCACACGUGCCAAGCAAGAAGAUAGAGCGAGAUCUGGCUCAGCAUGACAGUUGGACCCAGAAAGUUCUGGAAGUCCAAGCAGAGAUGGAGGAUUUUGAGGGAAAGCACACACAAUAGCUUUGGGGGAAAUUCAAAACUAGGACGCCGACGUCCCCGAAGAGAAGUAUAUAAAUGCACUAUUGCUGCGCAUAAUUUUUGUGACUAAAUCCAUGCAGGUUUUGGUCCAGAUAUUUUAAGUGCUCUAGUAACUAAAAUUUUAAGGACAAUUUAGUUAUUUGACAAGUUACUGGAGCACACGGUCAGCAAUUUUUAUAUUUAUAAAACAUUAUGUUUUUCCACUUCUAAUAAAGAUGAACUUAAUGAAAUCCUUCUUAGAAAUGACAAACAAUAAUCGGUUUACCAAGAUGCCUCUGCUGCUGUACUGCAAUGUUAAAAUGUGUUGUAGCAUGUUCGAUGUACCAAGGAGCAAAGUCUGAUACAUUGGCUGUUUCUGUAAGGGAGGUGACCAAAGUUGAGCUAUGUUUUGCUUUUAUUGCUAAAUGCCAAUGAUUGCUAAAUUAAGCAAUGCUUAAUUGUAUUUUCUCAGUAUACUUACACAAUUACCAUUUUUGUGCUCAAAGCAACCUCUACAACAUGCUUCCUCAAUCUCGGCCCUCCAGAUGUUUUUGGCCUACAACUCCCAUGAUCCCUAGCUAGCAGGACCAGUGGUCAGGGAUGAUGGGAAUUGUAGUCUCAAAACAUCUGGAGGGCCGAGGUUGAGGAAGCCUGCUCUAUGAUCUCUAACAAAACCUCUUUUGGUCAUGAACCUUGAUAGAUGUUGUAUUAAAUCCUGAAAGAACCCCAAAACACCAUGUUUUACUCCUGCAGAUUUGUGAUUGAAUUACUGCGGAAGCAGUUGAUGACUUUCUGCAUGCAUUGGCCUUAAAUUAUUGUCAAAUUUUUUAUUGAUUUUUUUUUUUUUGGUAAGCCGCUUUGAGGUUUUUGUAUAAUCAAGCGGUGUAUAAAUUUUAUGAAACAAAUAAACAAAUAUCUAUAUAUAGAAAUAUUGUUACUUUGGUUGAUGGUGCUUUUCAAGGCAAUGAGCCUUCUGAAAUUCUCCACUAGUGGCACGUUUCAGAAAAGCUGCUACUGUUUAUUGCUGAAUGGCCUCUAGACAACUGUAAGGAAUAUUUUCCAUGAUAGUGAUAGGGCAUUAUCUGGGAAGAUAACUGAUUAGACUAUCAGAGUUUAAAAAACCCCUCACUCUUUUCUUUGCAACAGAUUCACAGAAUGUACAUAACUAAUUUUAUAACGAUGCCCAGAUUAGGAAGCUGUCCACUCUAAUAGAAAAUAAAAUUUUGUCAGCUUGAACCAAGCAAAGGUAAAAGUAUAGGGACCCCUGACCAUUAGGUCCAGUCAUGACCGACUUUGGGGUUGCGGCGCUCAUCUCGCACUAUUGGCCGAGGGAGCUGGCAUACAGCUUCCGGGUCAUGUGGCCAGCAUGACUAAGCCGCUUCUGAUGAACCAGAGCAGCGCACGGAAAUGCCGUUUACCUUCCUGCCGGAGCGGUACCUAUUUAUCUACUUGCACUUUGAUGUGCUUUCGAACUGCUAGGUGGGCAGGAGCUGGGACCGAGCAACGGGAGGUUGCAAUUCAGAGAUUUUUGUUUUUUGGGAGCACUUUCCCUACCUCUGUGUGCUUUAAAUUAGGAUCUACUAGCAGAAAAUGAUUGUUCAUGCACAUAAAAAUAUAUAUAUUUGUAGCACAAUGGAAAUGGGCUCAUAUAAAAGGUGUGAGAAGUAAUACUUCAACUUUAACCAGGGCUAAACCCUAUAAUUGUGUUUCAGGGAGGGGUUAUUGUUUCAUUUUUGUUCUUGUUUUUAUUACGCUUUUCUUGUUUUUUAUCUUGUAUUUUUAUGUUGUGAGCCACCACCAGCUCUAUGGGUAAAGGGUGGUAUAUAAAUUUAAUAAAGAAGAUAAAAUAAAUAAAACCAAAGCCUAUUUUGAAAAUGCUGCAUGUAGUUUUAGUCCCUCCAUUUAAGGUUUAAAAUAAAACUGCAAAAACAAAAAAACAAACCCAAAAUCACAUAAGCAUAAUACAAGUUCUGUGGGCUUCAUAAACCUGAAAUUUUAUCAUAAUAACAACAACAACAACACUUAACAGUAAUGGCUUCAAAGUAGACGAAAAUGUAGGCUGCACUGUAUUGUGAUAAAGGCAAAAGUAAAGUAAAGUAAAUUCUAUUUACACAGUGUACAAGUGCUUUGCAAUGUGAAUAUCCAAGAUGAGUCCAUGGUCCAUUGAGCCUACCAUCUAGGGAUGCAGGUGGUAAAGGUAAAGGUAAAGGGACCCCUGACCAUUAGGUCCAGUUGUAACUGACUCUGGGGUUGUGGUGCUCAUACGGAAACGCCGUUUACCUUCCCGCCGGAGCGGUACCUAUUUAUCUACUUGCACUUUGACGUGCUUUUGAACUGCUAGGUUGGCAGGAGCUGGGACUGAGCAACGGGAGCUCACCCCGCCGCGGGGAUUCGAACCACUGACCUUCUGAUCGGCAAGCCCUAGGCUCAGUGGUUUAACCCACAGCGCCACCCAUGUCCCUUAAAAUUAGGUAUGACUUGCCAGACCCCUUGCCAGAUAUCCAGUACAUUUAUCUAGGACUGAGCUGAACAGGAGGAGGGAAGCACUUUUUGCAGAAAAUGUUUGCCUGUGAAUGAGGGAAUGAAGAAUACCCCUUACCCCCAAAUUGGCUUUUUUAUGUUGCCGCCUACCUAAGAUUGACAGUGUGGCAUAGUGACCUUGCAGUGUCAUAAUAAUUAUGGUGCAAAUCCAUAGAAAGCGAUUGUUUAUCAUAAUUUAUUAACUCCAUAUUAGUCACACAAGUUAGUCACAUUAAAGCACCUUUGAAAUGAAGGGGGUCUGCAACGAAACACUGCAGUGUUCCUUUCUGUGUUCGAGUAAGUCAACUUUGCAUUUGUUUGUGAGAUUCCAUUCCCUUUGCUGCCUAGUCUUCUGUUUGCCCUCCUCCCAGUCAGUCUGCGUUCCCUGCGCAUUGAGCAUGCUUAGUUCCUGCCCCCUGUUUUUUUCCUUAAUACUCUUUAAUGUUAUAACAACAACAACAAAAAUCCUUCCAGUAGCACUUUAGAGACCAACUAAUUUUAUCAUUGGUGUGAGCUUUCGUGUGCAUGCACACUUCUUCAGAAAGUUAUGUGAAGCUUGCUCCAUAGUUCCUUCUCAUGCCUAGACAGUGUCCUUUUGGCUACACGAGGAUCCAAACCCAUCUCUUUAAAAAUGGAGCAUAUGAUGAAUUAGUCACACCUACCUAUAGGAGUUAAGCAUGGGUAGGCAAACUAAGGCCCGGGGGCCGGAUCUGGCCCAAUCGUCUUCUAAAUCCGGACUGCGGACGGUCCAGGAAUCAGCGUGUUUUCACAUGAGUAGAAUGCGUGCCCUUUUAUUUAAAAUGCAUCUCUGGGUUAUUUGUGAGGCAUAGGAAUUCGUUCAUAUUCCCCCCCCCCAAAAAAAAUAUAGUCCAGCCCCCCACAAGGUCUGAGGGACAGU